ACACAACUGAAAUCGCACCCUGUAUUUUGAAGGCUUCACCGACAGAUCAGCAGCUGAACAGGCUUGCGAGGAGACUGGGACCCGAAUGGGAGCAUAUAGUUCUGUGCUUGGGUUUGUCCCAUACUGACAUCUAUCGAUGUAAAGUCAAUCACCCUCACAACCUGCAGUCACAGAUCGUGGCUGCCUUGGUCCUGUGGAGACGGCGUUUGGGGAAAAAAGCAACGAUCCGAAGCCUGCAAGCCGGGCUGAUGGCAGAAGAAGUGGAUCCUUCUGUGAUACAGUACAUGCUUGAGUAAAGCCUUACUAUUGCUUGGGAGCUUUCAAGUACUUCAUUAAAUUAAUUAAAGAGCAUUCAUUGAAAUGUAUGUGGAAGAUUGGACGCCUCAAACUGGAAAAAAUGGGGUUGGGAACUGGGGUUUUACUAAGCUUAAACAUUCCAGUUUUCUGUGGCAUCUUGUGACUUGUAAUUCUUUUCAUGCCAGAUUAAUUUUUAGCAGGCAUUAAAAAA